GGCGAUCCUCUUGCCUCAGCCUCCCGAGUGCUGGGAUCACAGGUGUGAGCCACCACACCUGGCAGCACUGUCACAUCUUGACGUGUGUGCCAGGGAAAACAAUUAAGUUGCCCGUGCCUUGGGGCAGGGAGCCUCAGCUCUCUCCUGAUGGGGUUGUGGUACAGACUCAUCAUCCCCCACUUACACGGGUCUGAAGAACGAAGCCAGCAAGCUGGAGAGGACUGGAAAAUGUCAGAAAAAAGCCAGAAGUGACAAAAUCAGCUGCAGAAGAAGGCGUCUCAGGGAAGCUGGUCUGCUCACAGACACCUACUUAUCAGCUGAAAUGCUGCGAGUCCUGCAGAACUGUUAGGUGUACAGGGACUUUAGCAAUGCUGGGUGAAACUGGAUGGAGUAUUCUUGUUCUCUCACAAGGAUGGCUGUGCUCACCAUCUGCAUUGGGUUUCGUCACAAAGGAUGCCUGUCAUUGUAGCUGCUAUUUAUUGAGUGCCUGCUGUGUGCUUGGGCCACACUGACCCUUCCUGCACACCCCAAUCCGUCCCCUCAGCCACCCUACUAGUGGGUACCUGGGGUCUUCCUACACCACUAGGGAGGCUGCGGCCGGGCUGGCAGGGGCUGGGGUGGGGGGUGAGGUGGUGGCCAGCCUCUAGGUGGUAGCUGGUGAUGGGGCAGUUGUCAGACUCAAGCCCUAUGAAAUGAAGUCAUUGUGUGGGGAGAGGAAGGGCAGAGGGCUGGGCCAGGAGGGAGGAGGGUACCAGUGUCCAGCCAGGCUGGGAGACAUCUGUGCACAGCCUAGCCGGCGCACAGGAGCUGAGGCAGUUGCCUAGCAGAGAGGGGUCCGUAUCUGCUGUCUGCUUCUGGAAUUUGGAUGGGGAAUGAGCCCUGGGGAGGAUUGAGGGGUCUGUAGUCUGACGGGGUGGGGGGGCUGGUCCUGCUGUCUGACUGCCGCCGUGAACUCUGCAAACCCUUGCCAGGACAGCAUGAGUGAACAGGAAAGGGAGAUAGAAGAGGACGAGGGAGGGGGCACCUCGGACAUGGAGCCCAUGCUGCCCCGAAGGCCUCCUGACCACCAGAGCUCGGGCCCGACCUUCGCACGGCAGCCAGCCCUGGCCACCCGGGGCCUCAGGACCUUGCUGCUGCCCGGCAGGGCCCUGGCCUGGCUCCUGCUCCACCUGCUGCUUCCUGGAGCAGUCUUCCUGCUGGUGCUGCUGCCUGCAGCAGCUGUGGUCUACCUGGGAUUCCUGUGCCACUCGAGGGUCCACCCGGCUCCCCGCGCCCAGUGCCGCGCGCUGCUCUCGGACCGCGGCUCCGCGGCGCUCAUCGUGCUCGGCUUCCUCUUGCUGCCACCGCUGCUCGUGCUCGCCUCUGCCGCCCGCGCCCGCCUGAUGCGACGCCUCCGCCCACUGCUGUCGCCCCCCGCGUGGACCCCCUGGUUCCCCGGCCCCGACGGGGAGGAGCAGCUCUGCGCCUGCGUGUGACACCGGGGGACCCCGAAUCCCCCCACGACCCCCGUACAGCGGCCCGGGCGCAGGAGCAGGGCCCCGUUGGCCUCGCAGCUCCGUGCUCUGUGCCACGAGGUGGCGCCAUCUCCCGGGACUCGGGCCGGCCCUCCACCUCCCUCGCUCUCCGGUCGCCGCCCCCUGCGCCCCGUCCCCGGGGUGGCCAGGCCUGCUAGGGAGACAUCGGGUCACCAAAGGCCAUCAUGGUUCCGGAGCCUGCGACCCGGCCGGGGCCAACCCCAACCCCAGGCCGGAUCAGGGUUCACUGUGACUGGGCUCUCGAUGGCUGGGCGCCAGACCGAGAGCUCAGUCUACUUUUCUGGGUGAUUUUAAGAUCUCUCCUUGUCUUUGGCAUUUUGCAGUUUUACUAGCAUGUUUCGCGGUGUGGAUAUGUUUUUCCCGCUCCUGAGAAUUGAGCUCAGGCCCUCACACGUGUAGCCAAGGGUCUGCUACUGAGCCACUUCCCGGCUGUUUCAUCAACUAAUUAAUUAAUUUUGGUACUGGGGAUUGAACCCACAGUCUUCACGCCGGCUCCAUCUCUAGCCCCUAUUAUUGUUAGUAGUAGUAGUAUUAAUUUUUAUUUUGGGACAAAGUCUCUCUAAGUCUCUAAAUUGCCCAAGCUGGGUUCAAACUUGCAGUCAGCCCUCCUGCUUCAGCCUCCCAGAGGGCUGGGAUUACAGGCUAAUGCCAUCACAUCCAGCUCCUGACCCUUUUCUUCUGAGUCAGGGUCUUGCCAAAUCGCCCAGGCUGGCCUUGAACUUGUGGUCUUCUUCCCUCUGCCCCUGGAGUGUGAGCUUCGGCAUCCACCAUAGGCAUGUUCUUCAUUACCCUGUGUGAAGUGCGUGACUCCUUCCUGUUCCUGUAGAUUCAUGUCUUUCAGCAGUCACGGAACAUUCUCAGCCCUCAGCCAGUCUCUUCCAGUUUUGCCUCCUGUUCCCUCUCCAUACUCUUGCCCUGUCUCCUCCUGCCUCCCUGUCAAUUAGUCUUUUUGUGUGUUCUCUGUCUUUCUGGGCAGCUUUCUAGGCAAUUUCUUCACAUCCCUCUUCCAGUUUACCAGAGUUCAUUCCUUAUAUUUAAUCUGCAUUUAAAUUUUAAGUUGUUAUAUUAACAUCUAAAAGUUGUAUUUGGUCCUUUUUCAGAUUUAUCUGAUAAAUUUUAAUGAUCUCUGUGCAUGCUCACUUUUGGGAUACCAGGUUUGAUUUUUUUGUUUCUUGGUGAGUUCACUGCCAGCCUGAACUACACAAAAACAAAACGAAACACUAUGUGAUCCUCCUGCCUCCCAACUCCUAAAAUUAUAGGCCUGCACCAUCACAUCUCGAGUUUUUUUCUUGUAAUGUUUAAUAUAAUGGGCCAGGUGUGGUGGCACAC